CCAGUUGGAAAGAUAUCUAAUAUUAUCAAUCUCUUCGUCAUCUUGGCUCAACGCCCUACUGGCGCUAAGAGGGUUUUGCCCUUUUCAGAAAUGCUGGGAGCAGCCUAACUGAAGCUUUCAUGAGACUCACAUAAAAAAUAUUUGUGAAGGAUCUUAGGCAGCUCUCCAAACUUCACACGCUGAGGUUUCUUCAUGAUAUCUAUUAGCCAAGUCUAUCAGUAUCUUUUGCCUAAUCAACCGAACAGUGAACACCGUGCAUGCGAAUGGAGUGUUCUGAGCCAUUAAAGAAGACCAAUAAAAUCUCCAAAGGCGAAUAUAGGUAUGCCUGAUGCCAAGCACCGAAUUUGAUGAAUGUCAUUGAUGUGGUCAUUUCUCAUCCACUCAUUUAAGGAGUGGGUAAUCAAACGAGGAUCAUUUUAAAUAGGUAACUUUUAAUGUACGGAUGAAAAACAUUCAUAUUACUACCGAGUACAAAUCUUGUGUUUGAUACCAAAUAUACUCAUUUUUUUCUCAUCUCCGAACUGCUGCGUGGGGUAUUCUGAUAAAAUUUGUCUGAAUUCUUCCAUGAUCAUAAUCCCAUCCUUACCCUACACUCAAAGGCACCAUCAUUGGCGAUCCUUGUCACUUGUGGGUCCCAAUUGAAAAACAUUUCCUCAUUUGUCGCUAUUUGGAAUCACAACUCCACAAUCAACUCUGCCUGUCCUCCCAAAUCCACCAUCUCCCUUGGGACAACGCGACACAACGCAUGACCCUCCACUUCAUCGGUACGAAGCUAUCCUCUCCUCUUCACCCUUUAAAAAUCUCUUCGCUUCAAUCAAUCCAAAUACUACUCCCACCGGUCCUUAGUUAGCUCAAUGGAGAAAUCAUCGGAGAUGAGUUUCGAAGACUGGGAGCUAAUUCCCAACACUUCCCACGGUUCGAUUGAAUUCGAUCUCGGCGUUGAAAAGGGUUCCUUAAUCCCCGAGGACAUAGACAUCUACUACUUCUCCAACGACAAAAAGAUCGAGGAAAAGCAAGAUUAUAAAGACAUAGGGGUCGUCCCUGAUCAUCGCGAUGUGGAGCCUGCAGCCUCCAAGAAGUUGGAGGGUGACGAAUUUGACAGCACGGAAGCAGAGCAAGCAGCUGCUGAGCCAGAACAGAUGUUGUUCGACAGCGAAGAGGAGGAGGAGUUUUAUAGAGGUGAGAAAAGCUCAGAGAAGGAGGUUGAAUAUGUUGAGCCCGAGAUCGUAGGAAAGAAAUCUGGCCCUAGAGAUUGGAGGUGGAGAGUUGUCGGCGGCGUUGGAGCUCUCUGUUCUGUCGGAGUGGCUGCAGCAACCCUGUGCAUUUUCAUUUUCGGCGGUCGCCAGUUGCAGAAGCACCAGCAUCAGAAUCAGAAGCUUCAGUUUCAAGUUUAUACCGAUGAGAAGGUUGAUAGCUGUAAGGUGAUGCAGCAGGCGACGAGGCUGAACCAUGCGAUAUUGGCGGUGAGGGGGGCUCCGAUGAACGCUGCCCAUAUAUCAUUUGGGGGGUAUUAUGAUGGACUCUAAUUUGCUGAAUCGAUCGAGGAAUGUUGCGAUAAAGUUUCAUGAUGUUACUUUUAGCGCUGUAAAUAGAGGAGAACGUGUAUGUAGAAUGGAGGCAUGGGGAUUGUGGCUUGGAGUACUCUUGUUAUUUGGAGAUCUAGUACGAGGAAUGUUGGGGUUAUAUGUUCAUAUAUAGAUCUGGAGACUAAUGAAUAUAGUCAAUAUACAGAGCUAUUUUUAAUUAUUUGCUCGUAUAUGAGUCUUUUAAUUGAUCAGUAAAUGGCAGAACAUUUUCAUUCAAGAUCCUUGCUUUUGACCAUCACUGUAUAUAAACACAUGAGUGAAAUGUGACACGCAAUUGCAUAUAAGCAUACAUUGUAUCUUGAUACA